GCAAUCGGCCAGGUAUUUCAUUGUCACUCGACUUGGCGCUCUCGAACGUCGUCCGGCACCGUCGCCAACCCGAGAAUAUUAUAACACCGACGACGACGACGACGACGUCCGUUUUCAUAUAUUGUAGUAAUAUAUAUUUUUUUGAAUAUCCCAACGAUCGUUUCUUUUCGUUCACGUUUGGGUCGACCGCCAAACAAUACUUACUGCAGCAAAGACGAAGACGUUCAAAAAAACCGUUAAGUCGUCCCACGAUUAUUUCAAACUACGCGCGAAAUAUAAUAUUACCUGCUUGACCGGCUCGUUCUGUACCGAACGAUGACGACGGAAACCGCCAAAUCGGUGUUCGCCGUCGAGGGACACCCGUGUUUCAAGUACAAGCUCAAUGAUCCAAAGGCGUUUUGGAACGGAGCCGGUGCCGGCGUCGGCAUCGCCGGCAACCACCAGGUACUGCAGGCCACGGCGUCCACCGAACGGUUUUGGGAAGAAGAACCGGAGGAGGAGAUCAAGCGGAAAGUGCAAGAUGCCAAGAUCAAGUUCCACAAGGACAGGCAGCUGCAGGUCAAACACUUGCCCAGAAACGUUAGCGAAGAGGAAAUCAGAAAACUUUUAAUCGAAUUUCCUGUUGAAAGCAUUCACAUCAGCACGACAUCCGGUAGCAGCAUGGCUCGAGUGACGCUGGAGGACCCGGAGCUAAGGAUGGAAGAAUGGGAUUUCCACAAACAGUUCGUGUUGAGAGGACAGCGCAUACCAGUGUCCCCGACUCCCACUGAAAUGCUCUUGUGCGUGGCCAGGUUGCCGUACAGCUACACGGAGGACCAGUUCACCCGGUUGGUGCAAAUGUACGGCGAGGUGCGCAAAACGUUUCUGAUAAUCAGCGAGAAAACCGGUGAGAGCAAGGGAUAUGGAUUCGUCGAGUAUUUGAACAAAGAGUGCGCUAUUACGGCCAAAUGUGGUCUGGAUGGUAAAGGGAUUGAUGACCAGACACUGGUUUGUGAUUGGUUGGAUGGCAGUCAUAUCACGUACGAGUCACUUCACUCCAAAUGCCUGUAUGUGGACAACUUGCCUAAGUCAUUCAGAGACAUGAGCGAAUUCCGUAAAGUUUUCGCCAAAGUCGUAAAUCCGCCAUAUUGCCAGAUUGCUCUUAAAAAUGGAUGUCCGUUGGACUGGGGUCUAGUGGAAUAUAACACAGCCGAAGAUGCAGAACGAGCGCAAUCGGAGUUGAACGGACAUACAUUGAGAGGCCAUAAUAUUCGUAUUACGUACUAUAUACCUGGAGUCAGAGCUAUAAAUUUGUUUUUGAAACUUUUGAACGAACCGGUAAUGAGCAAAUCUAAAUGUGGUGGACUCUUGCCAGACCCUCCUCAAGAAGUCAUUGAGCAAUCGUUGCAAAACCUUUCCAAACAGAAUCCAAUCUUUGCACAAAAUCUUCAAAAUAUUAUUUUUAAUCAAAUUAAAGCCUCUCAAAUGGGGUCGGAACUGCAAGAUUUUAACGAUUCUACACUGAGAUCACAUUUAAUAAACGGCAAAGCUCCACCGACUAUGUUGCAUUCUCCAACAAGUUUAUCUUACAUGGGUGCCACUCCAGAAACUUAUGGUUCAAGGUUAUUACCUAGCCCACCUGUUGGAGAAGUUCCCCCACAUUUAAAUUCUGGAUUAUUUGAUGCAGAUUUAGCCAACCCACUACUGGCUAAUUAUUAUAGAGAACUAAUAACCGCUCAGAUUUUGGCUGGAACACAAAAGGCUAAUGGAUUUGGAGGUUUGACUGCCAACCUUAAUCCCACAUUUGUUGAUACCGUACAACAAACUACAAAUAAUAAUAGUACUUUGAAUCAAAUUGAUGCUGUACAAAAAGUUUAUCAAAACCAAAAUUUGCAAAGUAUUGGCCAACAAUUAGCUCAACAAAUAGCCCAACAACAAAUAGCUCAACAGCAUAUAGCUCAACAACAGAUGAAUCAACAACAAAUUAAUCAACAGUUAGUUCAUCAACAACAACAGCAUAAUAAUAUUGGUCAGCAUAAUAUAAGUCAACAACAAAAUGUUGUUAUUAAUAUCUAUGGAGGUGUUAAUACUACUACACCUCCAGCAACACCAACUCCAACUACACCUACUUAUCCAUUUGGUUCGUCAUUAUCUCUUAACUUGGACCAACAGUGGCCAAAAAAUACUCAGUCUUCAACAACUGAUUCGUAUCUAGCCAGUCCCAUUGCCGCACCUGAAAAAUCGUCUGUGAGUUACUCGCCAUCAUCCACAUGGUCCUCUAUGCAGAGCAUUGCUUCUACUCCAUCUCCACAAUCUAUGUAUUCUCCUUUAGCUCCUAAUAUCUGGACACCUACUUCAUCCACAUCAUCGCUGUCAAAUCAACAUGAAACAGCUCGGGGCCAAAAAAGAGGUAUUCCUCCAUCUCCUGAACUUAGUCCUGAGGGUAUGUAUAUUGGACAGCAUUCACAAGGAAUUGGAGGCCACUAUGCUGAUUCCUACUUGAAACGUAAUAAGAAAAAUUGAACUCCGUUCUCAACUUAGCUUUCUAUGUUUUACCUAAAACGUACAUAGUUUUUAUGUUAAUUUCAUAGUCCAGGACUCAAUCAUUAUUUUUUAUUCUCAUUUUAAUGUUAGAUUUAAUAAUUAACAAAAUCGAUUUUAGAUUUGCUUCUGUUCAUGUUGUAUGGGGGCAUUUACGCUAACUCUCUGAGUACAGAACAUAAUAAAAACCUUAAAUGGCAUGCGUGCAACUUAUCUAUUUCUGUUUUCUUUAUAGCGCCUACAUAUUUAUUUUUGAUUUAUUAAAAAAUCCUGGACUAAUUUAUUAUUUUCAAUGUUUUUGUUUUGACCACAAUUCAAUGUUGACUGAAAUGAUGUGAUAUAAUGUCAUAUUCAUAUUGUUUUUUUUUGUUCUUUUUUUUAUAUUCUUGAUUUAUUGCAAAGGUCUAAAUUAACUUAUUUUAUCUUCUCAAGUAUUAAUUUUAUGUAUAUGUAUUUUUCACAAGACAUUUCAAAUGGGACUUGUUAACUUUAUUUAUUCACAUAGGCAUCAACACACUGAAUGAACUUGUAUAUUAUGAAAGAUAAUUCGUGUUUAUAGUUGAAAGUUUUUACUUAUACUUUAGUUUAUGUUUGAUUAUGAGUUAAAUUUGUCAUAUUUGUCCAUUUUUCUUUUUUUUUCUAUUUUUUUUCUAGUAUUUUUUAGUAUGUUUUUUUCUUUUUUUGAAGUCCAAACCAAUUAGUAUAUAUUAUUUUAAUAUAAAUUUUGAUUUUUAAAUAUAAAAAUAUUAUUAUCCAUCUUGAUGAUAAAUAUUUCUAAUUUUAAACUUUUGAAAUUCAUACUAUUGGGCAAUCACUGGAUCUAUUGGAUCUACCCUCAAUUCCCACUAUCGUUAAUUAUAAUAUGAUGAAUAAUAUAUAAUAUUAUAUUAUUAGGUACUUUUAUGUAUGUAAGUAUAAACAUAUGUUUAAAAUUUGUAGAUGUUUAAAACUGUGAUUGUACAAUUUAUCAAAAUUACUUUGUUUAUAAGCCAAAUUGUAUUUAACGACGCUCAUUUGGUCUAACUACACUCGUUUAAUUUUGUUUAAAAUAAUUUUUUAUUAGAUGUUGGCAUUCGGAAACAAAAAAAUAUAUUUUAUCCAAUCAUCCUAAUUUUGUAUAUUAAGACUGCAUAAAUAUGAUAAGGGUAUGCAAUUUUAAUGUUUGUAUUACUAUUAUUACAUAUUUUCAAAACUUAAAAUGUUUCUAAGAAUUAAAUUAACAUAUUUGUUUUUAUUUUAAGGCUGAUUAGUUAACCUGCUUUUUUCAUUUUUCAAAAAACAUCUUAGAGUAGGCAGUGUUUUUUCUUUAUUUAUUUAUUUUUAUGUAUGAAUCAUUUUUGUAUGUUACUUAUCUCAUCAACUGUUAUCUUAAAUAUAGAUAUAUAUAUAUAUAUAUUUUUUAAAUUCUUUGUAUUGCAUAGCAUUCAAGCCAUGCUAUGCUAAGCUUCAUUUACGAAGUACAAAUUUUCGUUACAAUCCUUUAUUGUUUAAUGUAUAUAAAUUUAUCUUUUACUAUAUUUAAUAUUAUAAGAAAGUACAUUAUUUACCUUAUUGUAUUACUUUA